AGACGCGUUGUGUCUGUGUUACCGAGGGUAAAAGAAGAUUGAUGCACAGAGAGCUAAAAACUGAAAGUAGAGCUUAUUUGGCGUCAUUAAUGAAACAAGAGAGGUUACUCACAGUGUCCGGAAGUUAUCCACGGUGAUGGUGAAGCUGAGGGCGCGAUGUCUGCUCGUCGGAGAUGCUGCGGUGGGGAAAAGCGCCCUUUCCCACAUGUUCCACAGUGACGGUACUCUCUUCCAGAAGAACUACAGCAUGACUACCGGCGUGGAGCUGCUGAUGAAAUGUGUCAACAUCCCAGAGACCGGUGACAGUGUGGAGCUCUACAUCAUAGACUCUGCAGGGAAGCAGACAUUAGUGGAAGCCUGCGAGAAAAUGUGGGGUGAGGUGUCGUUGCUGUGUCUGGUUUUUGACCUCACCAGUGAGCAGUCUUUUGCUAACUGCAGCCACUGGAUGGAGAGAGUUCGUGCUCACUACCAAGGUCUCCACAUUCCAGGUGUCCUGGUGGGCAACAAGUCAGACCUGUCUGGACGAAGGGAGGUCCAGGCAUCUGUGGCCCAGGAAUGGGCCCAAAGCCAGGGGUUAGAGUACUACGAGACAUCGGCGAAGGAGAUGGAGAACUGUGAUGCGCCGCUCCUCAGUUUAGCCCGGGCCUUUCACUCUCUCUACCAAGAACGUUGUGAGACCAUCCAGAACCUGAGUCCAGGCUAGACCACUCAGUCACACGCACCUUGUUUUUUUAAUAAUAGGAUAGUAGACACAAAAAAGUUUAUAAGCUUUAUGGAUAAUACAUGUGACGAUUCAAAGAAACCCUGUGUUCUUUUGUACCACCUGCACUGCAGGCUCGGCAGAGAGUGGCUUGUUUAGAAGGAUAUUUUGAUGCAGCCAUGAAUAAAGUUG